CCGAGCCCGGAGGAGGCGGAUGCAAUUCCCCGGCUGCCCCUGGCUCCUCGGCGGGGCGGCGGGGCCCGGCCCGCAGCGCGCAGCUACCGACAGCGGCCCCGCUCCCGCUCCCGGUCCCAGCCCCGGCGCUGCGGAGGGCGGCAGCGCGGCCCCGCUCCGCUCCGCGCUCUCCCCGCCGCGGCCCGGCCCCAGCCACCGGGGCCCGGCCCAGCACCGCGGGGCCAUGGCCGAGUGGGCGCCCGCCCAGGCGCUCCCCGCGGUUCAGGUGCAGGAGUGGAACGUGGAGGCCCCGCACCUGAUGCCGCUGCAGCCGCCGCUGCUGCCCGAGCGCGCACACGUGCGGGAGGCGCAGCUCCACUCCGCCGAGGCCUCGCUCUGGACCGUGGUGGCCACGGUGCAGGCCAUGGAGAGGAAGAUCGACCUGCUGGCCACACGGCUGCUCAGCCUGGAGGGGCGAUCCGGCACGGCCGAGAAGAAGCUCCUGGACUGCGAGAAGACAGCCAUGGAGUUUGGGAACCAGCUGGAGAGCAAGUGGGCCGUGCUGGGCACCCUGAUCCAGGAGUACGGGCUGCUGCAGCGGCGCCUGGAGAACGUGGAGAACCUCCUCAAGAACAGGAACUUCUGGGUGCUGCGGCUGCCCCCCGGCCCCCGCGGGGAGGUCCCCAAGGUGCCGGUGACGUUUGUCGACAUCGCUGUCUACUUCUCGGCGGAGGAGUGGAAGAACCUGGAGGAGUGGCAGAAGGAGCUGUACAAUAACCUGGUGAAGGAGAACUACGAGUCCUUGAUCUCCCUGGAUGGUGCCCUCUCCAGAAGCGAGGUGCAGCCCCGCAGCGAGCGUGGGGAGGGUCCCUGUGUCCCCGAGCAGAGGGAGCUGGAGCAGAGGGAGCUGCCACCGGACACCUGUGCGGAGUCGCUGAUCUCCACCUCCGACAUCCUGUCCCGCAUCAAGCAGGAGGUGGCCUUCGUGGGGGAGCAGCAGUUUGCGGAGGAGCGGGCGCUGCCAGCUGACCCCUGCGCAGGUGCGGACGCCCUGAUCACGGCGCACGACUUCCUGUCCUGGAUCAAGCAGGAGGAGGAGCCCUGCGUCCGCGAGCCCUGGGAGCUGCCCGACAGGGAGAUGCUGACAGGUCCUGGGCCUGCCAGCGAGGGGAUGCUGGUGAAGACGGAGGAGCGGUGCCCCCACGCCGAGCCCCCCGAGGAGGUGGGUUUGCCAGGGGGCUCUGGGGAGCUGCUCUUCCCAGGAGCGGGCUUCGGGAACCCCGAGGGACCGGCGGCGGCAGUGCCGACGGCCGUGGCCAUGCCGGCGCAGCACAGACUGGCCAAAGCUCCGGCCCCAGAGCCGGGCCCCGGGGCCGAGCCCGCGGGGGUGCCCAGCGCCACGCCGGGCCCCACCGAGGAGCGUCCGCACGGCUGCGCCGAGUGCGGGAAGAGCUUCAGCGGCAAGAAGAGCCUGCGGAUCCACCAGCGCAGCCACGCGGCCGAGCGGCCCUACCCCUGCGCGGAGUGCGGCAAGAGCUUCAACUGCCACUCGGGGCUGGUGCGGCACCAGAUGAUCCACCGCGGCGAGCGGCCCUACAAGUGCUCCGAGUGCGGCAAGUGCUACAGCCGCAAGGAGCACCUGCAGAACCACCAGCGGCUGCACACCGGCGAGCGCCCCUUCGCCUGCGCUGCCUGCGGCAAGAGCUUCAUCCGCAAGCAGAACCUGCUCAAGCACCAACGCAUCCACACCGGCGAGAGGCCCUACCAGUGCCCGGCCUGCGGGCGCAGCUUCCGCUACAAGGAGUCCCUCAAGGAUCACCAGCGGGUCCACGGGGCCGAGGCGGGACCCCCGCCGCUGCCCCCUCCCGGUAUCAUGCCCCCCGGGGACUACUCGCCCCGCGCCGUCCUGCUCUGUAGUAAUCCUACUCGACUAGCGCUGUCCCGCGGCCCCGCUGCCACACGCCUGCGCCCCGCUCGCUCACGGGCCCUGCCGUGGCAGAGGCACGGCCACGGGCACAGCCAGGCCUCCCUGGCGCUCGCCCAGCCUUACACACGCGUGUGCAGGCACCGAGCUGGCUCGGGCACACCACGACCCACGGACAACGUUUCCUACGUGCACGUCCCUCCGCCCACAGCCUGGCACCCACUGCGGGUGCCGGGAGGGCAGUGGGCACGCCGUGUCCUUGGCAGUCCCUGCCCAUCCCUAGCUGUUGGCGAGGAAGAGCCGUCUGUGUCGGGAGGCGGAGCCGCGCGGCCGGCCCCGACGCCGACCCCGGCCCCGGUUUCCAAAGGGGCUUCGUCCGGGCACGGCGGUCUCUGCCCAGUUGGCAGCGCCAGCCUGAGGCUCGGGAAAGGCAGGCUCGGCCUUGGGCUGCUCGAGGAGCGGGCUGGGGUCCGGGCGCGGGUCGGGGGGCGGCGGCGCGGGGCUCUGGCGCGCGCCGGCGCGCUCCUGGCGCAGGUAGCGCAGCUCGUCGCGGAUGUCCGUCAGGACGCCCAGCAGGCGGAACUGCAGCUCGCGGUCGCGGGCCCUCUCCUCGCGCUGGGUGGCACGCUCCUCCUGCCACAUGGCCAGCUCCUGGUGGUACAGCUGGUCCCACUGCUCCUCCAGGUCCAGCAGGUGAUGGAUGUUAGUCCUCCAGCUCUCCCGGCGGUGAUCCUCCCGCAGUCGGGAGCAGCCCAGGCCCCGGGGGUGCGAGGAGUCGAGCCCGCGGCCCAGGGCGGGCAGGUCGGAGACCCCCUCGUGGCCCCAGUCCGAGUGAGCGUCCACAGGGUUGAGAGGGUCCUCGGGCAGGGAGGUGACAGAGCCCUGGGAGCUGCAGCGGCGGAUCAGCAUGGCCUGGCGCGACAGUUUCAGGUCUUCCUCCGCCGACGGGGGUGCUUCGGGCCCGGGCUGCGCCCCCGCGGCCGCGCUGUGGCCCCUCUCCCCCUCGCGGCCUUCCCGCUCCUCCUCCUCGGACAUGGAGGCGUAGGACACGAGGGAGUCGUUCCGCAGGGACGGGGAGAUGGCCGACACGUCUGGCGUGCGCAGCUCCGCGCCCGGCUCGGCUGGAAGAGAAGUCCUCUGGUGAGACCCAGCCGCUGCCCCAGCCCCUCGUCGACCCGCGACAUCAGAGUCCCACUCAUGCUCAUCCCUGAGGGACGCAGCAGGCCACCAUCCCCUGUCUGCGCAGCCCUCACGUUCCCCAGCUCCCCAUACGGCAGCAGGGUCAGGGCUCUGCACCGCCAGCCGCGGCACCGCCGAGCCCUCCACAUCCGGCAGCGCCGAGGGCUGCCCGUUGGUGUCGAUGUAGAUGCUGGGGUGGCUGACGCCGGGCUGCAGGUGCAUGAAGGACUGCUUGAUCCAAGCACAGAAUGCGACGCCUGGCGGAGCCCAGGGGAGGCGCAGCCUGGUGACGCCGCCACGCCAGCCAUCACCGGCAGCCCACGGCGGGGGGAUGCAGCCGGAGCUGUCCCCAGGGAACCAGCGGCACUGACCUGGGUCCAAGAUGAUCUCGGGCUCCGAGUCGUGGCUGGCCUGCAGGAAGGUGGAAGCCACCAUCUUCUCGAGGGGCGUGAGGCGCGGCUUGUGGAGCGGCCCGCCGGCGCGGUUCACGGGCAGGUGCUUCUUGGAGGUGAUCUUCUUCUUGACGUCCAGGCGCAGAGCUGCUUCCGCCGCACGGGGUGCGCCCGCAGCGCCUCGGACCCGUACAGGGCGCUGAAGUGCCGCACCACAUUCCAGACCAGCGUCUCGGUCUCGUCAUUGGAGAAGUUGGCCUUCCUCUUCCGGCCAGACGCUGGCAUCGCCUGCGAGGCUGCGGCAGAGGUGGAAGGGGCACAAUUGAACCUCGGUCCCCACUCCUCUCUGUCGGCUCCUGGGGGGAACAUGGGGCUGCGGGAGCCCGAGGGAGCCGCGGAGGAGGGAGCCGAAGCAAGAGCCCCCGAGGCAUCCAUGGCAGGGGAGGCUUGGGCCGGGGAGGAUCUAAAGAGCCGCUCCGGCACACCACGCGGCACGGGGGCACCUCAUCCCCUCGCCCCAGCUCGAGAGCACCUGGGAGGGGAGAAAAGGAAAGGGCAGCGGUGGGUGGCGGCGGCGUGGGGUGACAGCGAGGGCCCCUGGCCCUCUCCCAACCAGAGGAACCCGGGGCCCCCAGCCAGCUACCACGGGGGCCGCGGAGAGGGUCGCGGUCACAGUGACAGUGGUGGGAGCCACGGGCACGCAGUGAGGGGCCGUGCCCCCGGCAAAGCCCACGGCCGCAGUGCAGGUCUUGGGCCGAUGGCAAAGCCCCCGGGCCCGGUGAAAGCCACGCUGCGGGCCCCGGGCAGGCUCUUGGCCGUGGUGCUUCCCUUGGCCCUGCCAACCCCCUCAGCCCCCAGCACCACCACGAAGUCCUCAACCGCCCUCAGCAUCUCCAGGCCCCGGCAGGACCCCUCCAGCGGCCACCUCAAGCCCUUGCCCGAGCACCUCAUCCUCCCAGCCCCCCUCCCCCCGCUCACAGCCGUGAUGCCCCGGGGUGGGGGGGGCCGGGUGGUCAACCGGCUCCCGGCUGCGCCCCCGGGGCAGGGCCGGGGCCUUCCGCGGGCGGCUUUUGUUCGCGCUUCCGCCGGGCACCGGGGACAAAGGAGCCGGGGCUGGAGCCGGGGGGGUGGCCGGGGGCAGGCACCGGGCCCCGGCCGCAGGCCUUUCCCCCCCCUCAACCCGCCCUUCCUCAACACCCCCCGGGGCAGGGGCGGCGGCGCCUACCUGUGCCGGGCCGGGCCGCCGCGGGCCCUGCGCGCCGGUGCGCGGAGCGGCGCCCCCUGGCGGUGCCGCCGCGCAGCUGCGCCCCGAGCCCGCGGAGAAAGGAGCAGCCGGGAGGCAGCCGCGGGGAGCGGGUGCUCCUUGCACUCCGUCCUGUGCACACUGAUGGUGCUCAAGUCCUCAGACACCUCCUGGUUCUCCAUGCACACAUGGAGGAUCACCUCGUACCCCCCUCCCACUCCGGGGGGUCCUGGCCCCCUCCCCGGGCUCCCCAUUGCGCUCCAGCUCCCGGUCCAUCGGCCCGCGGUGCUCCGCGCUGAGCGGGCUGGGUGCCGGGGCCUCGGGGCCGGCGUUGAGGCUGAAGCCAGCGGCACGGAAGCAGCUGGCGAUGAGCGCCGGGCGCACGUCACCCCAGGCUUGUGCCAGCAUGUGCAGGACAUCCAGGAGGGUCGGCUGCCCGGUGCCGCGCUCUGCCAGCUGCCACCUCAGCAGCCGGCGCCGGUAGUGGCCCUUGAAGUCGCUCAUGAUGCCACGGUCCAUGGGCUGGGCCAGGGCGGUGGCUGGCGGGACAAAGACCAUCCUGACGUUGGAGAGCUGGAGGUAGGGGUGUGCCUCGUGCUUGGUGAGGAGCAGCAGCACGCUCCUCCCCUGGCGCCGCAUCCCCUCGUUGAAGUCCCGAAGCCACUCAGAGAAGAGCGGGGCGGUCACAUCGGCCAUGCUGCUGCCGCGCAGAAGCAUCAGCCGGUCGCUGGCGCUCUCAGCCCUGCUGGGGGAGCUGGCCAGGAGCAGGACGCCCGUCUGCCCGCAGGCGUAGAUCUCAGAGGGGGCAUAGCUGCGGAGGAGGCCGGGCAGCACCGUGCCAGCCCACUGCUCGGCCGUGGGCUGCUCCGCGUCCCCCCUCUCCGAAGGCGGCUUCUUGAAGGCGAAGCUGUGGUGCGUCUCGAAGCGAGCCAGCCAGCUGCCGCUGGGCUCCAGGCUGGGACGGCCCAGCGCCUCAGCAAGGUGUUUGGCCUUGAGCUGGAGAACCGAGCCGCUGAUGGGAUCCGCUCCUUGUUCUUGAUGAUGCGGCAGAUCUGGGGCUGCGACACCCCGAAGCGCUUGGCCAGCUCGCUCUGCGACACUUUGGGGCCCUCCAGCAUCUCCAGCACCCGCACCUUCUCCGUCAGGGACAGCUCCUUCCUCUCCUUCCGCGGCGCUGCCCCCCACCGGCUCGCAGAAGCCUCUCCCACACCGGCCACAGUCGUAGCUGCCAUCCCCGCCCUGUGCCAAACGGUGCCGCACCAGGUCCGGCUUAUGCCCGACCCCGUGGCCGCACUCGGUGGUGAAGCCACUGUUACCGGCCCCGAGAUUUGGCUCCGGCUCGACGACACCACAGUAGCUGCAGCCCGGUUCCCCCAGCGGGACGAGGAUGUCGCCAGGGCCAGUGUGGCAGGACGGGGGGGAGCCAGGCGACAAGAGGAGGGCCAGCCGGUGAUGCCGCCACAGUCGCUGAUCGCGACAGGCCAGGCCAGCCUUGGCAGCCCCCGCGGUGGCGAGCACGGGCAGCCGGCCGUGGCCGGCAGCUGGGACCGGGCAGGACCCGGGUGCCUCACCCAGGGCGACGGGACGCUCGAUGUCCUCCUUCAUGGCACCGCCACCGGCUCACUCCUCGGGGAGACGCGGCGGCUGCUAAAGGCGAGGCCCGCCCUGCGGGAUGGACGGCGGGGGCUCAGUGAUGCGCUGCACCGGGAUGACGGCGCACGGCUGGCGGGAAGGGGAACGGGGCGUCGCCGCUGCCUGUGGGGCCGCCUGUGGAGCAGGGGGAACCGGUGCCGCCGCGCCCUGGUGGCUCUGGUGCCGCCGCGCUCCGGUGGGCUCCAGUACCAGUGGAGUAGCUGGGCCGGGCCCUGGCCCCUCCCGUGCGGUGGUGUCCGGUCGGGCUCGCGUGCCCCGCGCUCUCGGCAUGGCCGCUCUGCCCCGCCGCUGCUGAGAAGGCGCCGGGCCCGCUCCGCCGCCGCCCGUUCCGUUCCGCCGUCGUUACCGCCGCCGUUGCCGCCGCCCGCCGCGCCCCGCUGGGCCAUGGCCGACUGGGCCCCCGCUCAGGAGCUGGAGUGGGACAUGGAAUCCCAGGAGCUGGCCCUGGAGCAGCCUCUGGCCACCCCCGAGCAAAGCCCCACCGGGGAGGCCGAGCUGCCAGCCGCCGAGAUCUCCCUGACGCUGGUCACCGAGAUCCAGGCUGUGGACAGGAAGGUAAACAUCCAGUCUGCCCAGCUGAUGAACCUGGAGGGGAGGAUGAGGAUGGCGGAGUCCAAGCUGAUCGGCUGCGAGAAGACAGCGGUGGAGUUUGGGAACCAGCUGGAGAGCAAGUGGACAGCUCUGGGCACCCUGAUCCAGGAGUACGGGCAGCUCCAGCGGCGCCUGGAGAACAUGGAGAACCUCCUCAAGAACAGAAACUUCUGGAUCCUGCGGCUGCCCCCAGGGGUGAAGGGGGAAGUCCCCAAGGUCCCUGUGGCCUUCAACGAUGCUUCUUUCAACUUCUCCGAAGAGGAGUGGAAGAGCCUGAACGAGUGGCAGAAGGAGCUGUACCGACACAUCAUGAAGGGCAACUACGAGGCCGUCGUCUCCAUGGAUGCUGCCAUUUCGAAGCCUGACCUCCUGACGAGGAUCGAGCAAGGAGAGGAUCCCAAUGCGGAGGAUCCAGAUGACUCCGAGGGAGGAGAAAGCCCCACAGACCCCAGCACUGAGUUUUCCUUUCCUGGUCCUGAUGACAGCUCAUGGUGUAAACACGAGGAGACUCCGCUGGAAAGCCACGAGGGCUCUGACGAAGAGGAGGUCCCGGAGGUCCCUACUACAUAUCCACAGCAGUGCGACGAGGAAGGUUCUGAAAGCCUUAAGCUUCCCAGCUCCUUGUCAGGAAAGUGGGAAGAGGUCUUCUCCGGCCCGGAGGAAGAGGUAAAGCCGAGCGGCAAGAACCCGAGCGGAUCCAGCUCGCAGCAGAGAACCUCCGCGGGCAGUGGGCUGAGGCGCUCCUCCCGCCGUGGGAGAGACUUGGCCAAGAAGGACCUCCCCGAGGAGGUGGCCGCAGUGGAGGGUCCCUACAUCUGCUGCGACUGUGGGCAGAGCUUCCUGGAGAAGGAGGAGUUUGCCAGCCACCAGAAAGCGCACUCCAGCGAGGAAGCCUGCACGUCCCUGGAGCACGGAGAAAGCCUCCGACCCAAAUCCAAGACUCCCAAAGGCCAAGGCUCCUCCCGCUCCAAACCCUCCAAGCGCCCCGACGGGGAGAAGAGCUCCGAAUUCAAGUACGGCUUUGUCAGGCACCAGGUGAACAACAUGGUGGAGAGACCCUACACCUGCUCCCAGUGCAAGGAGAGCUUCAGCCUGGAGGUCAGCCUCAUCCUGCACCAGAAGCUGCACACGGGGAAGGGCGACGGGCCGCUGACCUGCACCUACUGCGGGAAGGACUUCCGAGACCUCUCCAAGGCCAUCCGGCACCAGCGCAUCCACACCGGGGAGAGGCCCUACCAGUGCACCGAGUGCGGCAAGAGCUUCAUCCGGCGCGACCACCUGCUCAAGCACUGGAGGGUGCACACCGGGGAGACCCCCUACCAGUGUCCCGUCUGCGGCAAGCACUUCCGCUACAAGGAGUCCCUCAACUGCCACCAGAAGAUUCACUCUCGCAACCCCCGGCCCGCGGAGGAGUCGCAGCUCAGCCUGGAGUCUGCCACCCAGACCGGCAGCUACUGCGUCAAAAAAGAAACUCCUCAGUAUUCCCUGCCAGGGACUCCCCGCACCCCCGGCUGCUCCCGUGCCAAGCCAGGCCGCCCCCGCCUCUCCCAUGCCCCUGCUCUUCCCUCGCGCCUCCUCAGUCCUCCCCGGGUCACCCCUCCUCCUUCCCCCGUCAAGCCGCAGUCCUCGUCCUCCCAGUUACCCCAGGAUCGGCCCCAGCUAGCUGCAGCCGCUGCCCAGCUCCGCGCCCCUCUCGCUAGCCCUGCCGGAUGCCGCCGCCCCCCGCACGGGCGUCCCCGCUCCUUUCCCUCGGGGCAGCGGCAGGCCCGGAGCCGGCCGGGCAGUGCCGGCGGGGGGGGCCCCGACGGUGCGCGGCGGCGCGGUGGUGAUGCCGUCGGUGCGACAGGGGGCGCUGCGGUGGCAGAGGGCUCCCCGCUCUGCCCCGCCCGGCGCGGCCCCCGGCGCGGCCCGCGCGCGACGGCGGCGUCCCGCCCGCCCCCUGCCGGCUCGGCGGGGCAGCGGCGGGGCCGGAGCGCCCAGCGCGGAGCGGCGGAGCCGGGACCCGGAGCCGCGCUCGGUCUCACGCCGCCGUCGCCGCCGCCCCUCCUCCUCCCCCGCCCCCUCCUUCGCCGCUUCCCCCCCCGCGCCUUUCCCCGACUGCUCUCCCCGGUCGGGCCGGGCCGGGCCGCCGCUGCCCCGCCCCGCCGCGCCUCCCCGCCGCGCCCCUCCACCCAGCUGCCGCCGCCCCGCCGCGCCGAGCCGCCCCGGGCCCAGCCCGAUGCCCGGCGGCGGGCGGAGGUGAAGGAGCGAGCGGGCGCUGGAUCCUCCCGGCCGCGGCCCCCGGGGCGGGAACAAAGGGCCAUGGCCGAGGGGGCCCCCGCUCAGGCGCCGGAGCCGGUGCUGCCACCGCGCUGCCCCUCGCCCCUGCGGCAGGCGGCCGGCCCCGAGCGCACCUCGGAGCGGGAGACACAGACGGCCGAGCUGUCUCUGACGGUGGUGGCGGCUGUGCAGGCGGUGGAGAGGAAGGUGGACUCCCAUUCCACGCGCCUGCUGGACCUGGAGGGGCGGACGGGGAUGGCAGAGAAGAAGCUGAUCGACUGUGAGAAGACGGCAGCCGAGCUGGGGAACCAGCUGGAGAGCAAAUGCGCAGCUCUGGGCACCCUGAUCCAGGAGUACGGGCUGCUGCAGCGGCGCCUGGAGAACAUGGAGAACCUCCUCAAGAACAGGAACUUCUGGAUCCUGCGGCUGCCUCCGGGCAGGAAGGGGGAAGUCCCCAAGGUGCCGGUGACGUUUGACGACGUCUCCGUCUACUUCAACAACAAGGAGUGGGAGAAGCUGGAGGAGUGGCAGAAGGAGCUGUACAAGAAUGUGAUGAAGGGCAACUACGAGUCCCUGAUCUCCAUGGACUACGCAAUUUCCAAGCCUGGUGUUCUGUCUCAGAUCGAGCAGGGGGAGGAGGCUGGGGCCAGGAACCAGCAGGACCUGGAGGAGAGCGAGAUCAUCACCGAUGCCACCGCAGCCGGGAUAAGGGUGGUGAUCAAAACGGAGGAGCUGCUUCCCGAGGACAGCCCCGAGAACGCCGAGCUGCACGGGCUGUCGGGGCAGUCCGAGGGCAGCUUCCAGAGCCCGGACGAGGAGGCAGCCUGCGAGAGCCCCUACGGCUCCGUGUCCCCGCCCAGGGAGCUGCCGGGAACCAGCCUCGGGGACUCCUCCGAGUACGGAGCGGACUUCAGCGAGAUCCAGAGAGUGAUCGUCCACCACGGCGGCUGCGCGGAGGACGGGAUCGUGAUCAAGACGGAGGAGGAGGAGGAGGAGGACGACGCCGACGUGGAGCCGUGUGCCAUGUUCUCGGGCAGGACGGAGCCGCCGGCGUUCCCCAGCCACCACGACGCGGGGCUGGUCCGCGAGGUGCAGCGCAGCUCCAAGCCGCAGCCCCGCAGCCUGGCGGCCGCCCGCAUCAGGAAGGGCCAAGCCUGCGAGCGAGACUCCGGCGAGAUGAAGCCCAGCGCCGGCCAGCAGCGGAACCGGACGCGGGAGAGGCCCUACAUCUGCCCCGAGUGCGGGAAGAGCUUCAUGCUGAAGAUCAACUUCAUGAUCCACCAGCGCAACCACCUGAAGGAAGGGCCCUACGAGUGCCACGAGUGCGACCUCAGCUUCCGCAACAAGCAGCAGUUCCUGCUGCACCAGCGCAGCCACAACCGCCGCGGCGUGGGGGUCCCGCGGCGCCCCGAGCACGGCCUCAAGCCCCCGGCGCGGCCGCCGCCCCCGGGGAAGCCCUACAAGUGCUCGGAGUGCGAGAGCAGCUUCAGCCACAAGUCGAGCCUCAGCAAGCACCAGAUCACGCACGUCGGGGAGCGGCCCUUCACCUGCGGCGAGUGCCGGCGCAGCUUCCGCCUGCAGAUCAGCCUCCUCAUGCACCAGCGCAUCCACGCCGGCAAGAGCGAGAUGGCCUUCCUCUGCCCGCAGUGCGGCAAGAACUUCACCCGGCCGUCCCACCUGCUGCGGCACCAGCGGACUCACACCGGCGAGCGGCCCUACCAGUGCAGCCAGUGCGAGAAGACCUUCAGCGAGAAGUCCAAGCUCACCAACCACUACCGCAUCCACACGCGGGAGCGCCCGCACGCCUGCGCCGUCUGCGGCAAGGGCUUCAUCCGCAAGCACCACCUGCUGGAGCACCAGCGGAUCCACACGGGCGAGCGGCCCUACCACUGCACCGAGUGCGGCAAGAACUUCACCCAGAAGCACCACCUCCUGGAGCACCAGCGGGCGCACACCGGCGAGCGGCCCUACCCCUGCACCGAGUGCACCAAGUGCUUCCGCUACAAGCAGUCCCUCAAGUACCACCUGAGGACGCACAUGGGAGAGUGAGGGGCUGCCGACGGCUUCCUCUCCCUCCCUUCCCUCCCCUCCCUCCAUCCCUUCGUCCCUCCUCUGCCUCCUCCUGGACUCCUCUCUCCCGCCCCCCCUCCGUCCCCUUCUCCUCCUUACCCCCGGCUCAGGGCACGGACACGACGGGAGCUGUGUGCGGUGGCGCCGCCGGCCUGGU